AUGACCUCUCGUCCCAUCUCCAACACUUCGAGCUCCUCCAGCGACUCUCACAAGCCCGAGAGUGAUGUUGCCCCCAGUCAUGCGAAAGCCCGCAAGCCAAGGCCGUCACCCCCCAAGUGGCUGCGCGACAAUCCAUACGUCGGCAAAAUCUUCCGCACCACCAAGGAUGCGCGAUGGAAGAUACUCGCACCGCUAUCAACGCUGGAGUUCCAGGAUGACCACAGUCCCUGCGAAGCGCGCCAGGUCUACACAUGUGUCUGCCUAGAUGAGCCCUGGAAAGCCAUCGGCGAGUGUGUAGUCAAAGUCAAGUUCCAAAUUCGCGCGAGUAGGCGUACAGUUGAGGAGUACCAGGAAAUGAUCGAUGAUGGCGAGGCGGAGCUACGUGAUCAAAACGACACCAGAGGCACCAGAUUGCCUGCAUACAAGGAUCACCUCAAGCUGUGCACCACACCUACCACUUCACUCUCGAGUCCCGCGACAAGAAAUGAGAUAGAAGCUCUUGACCGUCUUGGGCAUGAAAAAUGUCAGCAUUCUCCCUGGCUCUGUGGUACGUCUGAAGGCACGGUGCGCCCGGGUUUCCAUUAUGAAGCCAUAGAUGGAGGCUAUCGUGUCCUUAUGCUCAUGAACAAGUUGCCUGGGGUGACUUUGUCAAUGGACAUGUUCUGUGAGAUGGCUCUUGAGAAGAGGAAGGUUGUCCGAGAAGCCUUCAAAGUGGCAUGGCUUGCCGUGGUGAAAUGUGGGGUUGUGCCAAUCGAUCGUGGCCUGCACAAUAUCAUGUGGGAUCAGGAGACUUGCAAGUGUUACCUUGUUGACUUCGAAGAGGUUGACAAGCUUCGCGCGAACGAAAUGAGCGCUCCCAGCCUAGAGGAUGACGAGCUGGACAUGUGGAUACCUAAUGAAGAUGAAGUCGCAGAGUAUUUGGCGUACUAG